AUGGCAGCUGUAGCACAAGCACCACAUCUCUUACCAUCAACCUCGUCCUCAGGUAGCAUCUCUCGUCCUUCUUCUUCCACAGCUACUAUCAAGCCUACCGAAAACAAAUCAGCAUCGAAACCUGACGAACCGAACUCGACCAGCUCGACCUCAGACAAACCAGUAGCCAAGGUGACAGUAUCCGAAGCUACUCCAGUGGACGAAAAGGGUGAAGUGAAGAAGGAGAACGGGGAUGGUGAGUUUGGUACUGCUCUUUGGCAUAUCUCAUCCGGUCUUGGUCCCUUCCAUUCAUCCAUCCCCUUGUGCUACUGCUCGAGACACGCACGAAGAGUCAACAUCCUUUCAUCUUGA